UGUAGGUGGCGUGUAGAUGAUGUCAUAGAGUUGUGUUUUAUGUGAUACAUUUUUGAGUUUGUUACAUAUCCAGUCUUCGUGUGUUGAUAAUGGAAUUUUAAUCUUGAUCUGCCUCUUAUUUAUCUUCUGAAAAAUGUGCGCGUCAAAAAACCAGGUCAAUCUGGUGGCCUUAAAGCUGCAGGUGUUGGAAGAUGAGAGGAAACAGUUGCAUGAGUCUGUUGACGUCUUUGUUGACGAGGUUGUCUCCCUGGGCACGACCUUUGUUGCCAGUGAGGGAGGUCAAGGUCUCAGCUUUAAGGAGGUCAGUCAGGCCAUAGAGCGUGCCCUCACGUGCGUCAUGGAGAGGAGAGCUGAGUACUCACAAGCCGGAGGACCGGAACUAAAGACCGUACCGGCACAAUCUGUCGCACCAUCCGGUCAACCACUGGCAGCCCUACCAGCAGAAGACAGACCACAUCUGGUACAAUCGUCGUCAUCACUGACAGAGAACGUACUGGGCACAUUGAGGGACUGGAUGGACCUGGUCCAGGGUCAUGUCCGGACUAACGGCUCUAACCUGGACAUCCUGUCUGCCAUGGUGCCACAGAUUCUGGCAGAGAUCGGCGCCAUCAAAGACCAGGUCAACCGUAUCGAGGGCUGGAAGGAUAGACUGGACGAUAUCGAUAACAGAGUUACCCAUAUCGAAGAAGACGAUACCAUACCAAACCUGCAGAUCAAACUAAAGGAAGUCGAUACUAACGUCUGUGGAUUGGCCAGUCAGUUUGAGAAGCACGUGCAAGAGUUCGUGUCACAUACUUUUCAAAACGAAAGUUACUUUCGUGACGUCGAUAUCCGGUUGGGAGAUGUUCAGGUGGAAACAAAAAAUUUGAACGUUCAAGCGGACAAAUUAACACAUGAUCAAAAUGUUCACGGAGAAAAAAUAAGUUCACUUGAAGCGAAGGAUGAAGAAAAGUCAAAAGUUUUGGAUAAAAUGGAGGUCAGACUACAGAAGGAGGAGAAGGAAAGUUUCAACUUAAAGAAAAGUUUGGAGGAAAAGUUUGACUUGAACGGUCGGGGGAUUGAAGAUUUGAACGUGAGGCUGAAGAAAGUGGAGGAGAUGUGGUCGGACAGGGAGUUGAAGAAUGUCAGAAAGAUGGAGGACAAGCUACAGAGAAUGGAGGCAGAGAGGAAGAAAGAUGUUUAUUACUUGAGCGAAAGUGUGGAGAAGAUCCAUUCUCGGCUGGACACCAUGGCAACCACGGAGAACUCUAUCACCACCAGGAUCCUCAAUCUAGAAAAACGCCACAAGCGCCCCCUAGGGUUCACGGCAAAGCUGUCCGUGUCCUUCUCUACGCCCAUCAAACGCGCGGUCAUUCGAGACUUCACCGACAUCGUGGUGAACAAGGGCGACCACUACCAGCCACAGACUGGGGAGUUCAUCGCCCCUGUGGAGGGCCUCUACGUCGUGGCUCUGUCACACCGACAGUGGCAGGACGGGGAGAUCUGGCUGGUCGUCCUAAUGACCCCUAACCCCGGGCCCAACGGCGGCAAGGACAAGGUCGUCUGCGAGACCAAAACAGACGUGAACAGGACCAGCAGCUGUGGGUACAGCGCCGUCUGGAUGAACCCUGGGGACAAGGUCUGGGUCAGCGUGCGCAAUGUCAAGGGCACAGACGUCUGGAUAGACGCGCCUUCCAGUUUUUCUUGUUUUCUGGUAGCCUAGGUCAGUAGGUCAAGGUCAGUCUAGGUCAGGCAUCAAGAUCAAUCUAGGUCAGUAAGUCAAGGUCAAUCUGGCUCAGUAAGUCAAUAUCAAUCUAGGUCAGUAAGUCAAGGUCAGUCUAGGUCAGGCAUCAAGAUCAGUCUAGGUCAGUACGCCAAGGUCAAUCUGGCUCAGUAAGUCAAGGUCAGUCUAGGUCAAGAAGUCAAGGACAACCUAGUAGUCUUUUCAGUAGUCAUAUGACCAAUGACGCUCAGUCAUACACAUUCAAUGACAUUUUUAUCCGUGUGUGGAUGAGUGAUAUUUUUAUACUUGUGUGGAUGAGUGAUAUUUUUAUACUUGUGUGGAUGAGUGAUAUUUUUAUA